AUGGUAAAUCCAGAGUUGCGCCGGCAGGUCAUUAACGUCUACAAAGAGCUCCUGUUCUUGGGGCGAGAGUAUCCAUUGGGAUACCAGUAUUUCCGGGACCGGUUACACCGUGCAUUUUCAAGUCAGGCUCAGAUCACCGAUGAUGAGGAGAUCCGCAAGGGUGUUGCGCGGGCUGAAUUUGUGAAGAAAGAAGUGGAAGCACUGUAA